AUGUUUUUGGAUGAAAAGUGUUUACCUCGCAAUAAGGAUGAAAUGGAAAUUUACAAAAUUCUUAUUGACAAAGAAAGAUUUAAUUCGCGAAUUUUUGUGAUAUCCGCGUUUCUUACAACUACUUUAUAUACGUCACUACCUCUAAUAUCAUCAGGACCAGUGGUAUCAUUACCCUAUAUCAGUUGGAUUCCUUUUGAUAUUAAUUCUAGAAAAAAAUUUUGGAUUGCUUAUUUGUAUGAAUGCAUUGGGGUUUAUUUAGCAACUCUUAUAUUUUCCGCUAUGGAAACCCUUCCAGCUAUUAUGAUGCAACAAAUUUGUAUACAAUUGGAAAUUCUAAUGAGUCGUCUUCUUGAAAUUCCAAAAUUAAAACAAAAACAAUAUUUGUCUUCUACUGUUUAUUAUGAUGAGUAUCAGCUACUUAAGGAUUGCAUAGAUUAUCAUGAAUUUAUUUUUUCAAUGGAGAAAAAGUUAAAUAAUAUUUUUGGUUUUUUAAUUGCCGUGCAAUUUUUUGUUUCCACAUUAAAUUUGUGUACGUCUGGCUAUUAUAUGACAAAAGUGAACGUUGAUAACGCACAUUUUUGGUUGGCGUUAUUGAUUUUAAGUACGUUUGUAUUUCAAAUCUUUUUGUAUUGUUGGUUCGGGGAAGCGAUGACUCAAAAAAGUUUAGCUGUUAGUGAUGUAAUAUACAAAAUGGAUUGGAAUUUGUUAGGCACACGAACAAGGCACACAUUGUUAAUAAUAAUGAUGCGGGCAAAACGACCAAUACAACUCACGGGAUCGACAAUAAUUAUAAUGUCAAUUGAAACUUUUUUGAAGAUUUUAAAAAGUUCUUACUCAGCUUAUAAUUUAAUAAGGAACUCAAGUUAAAUUUUUGAUUACUCUACGAUGGAUAAUUUCAUCAAAAGAGUCUUCAGUUUUGGAUAAUAUGUCGACUACGAAUAUUUGAUAUUGAUGAGUGGCCUUUAUUAGUUUUUUAGGUGCUAAAUGAUA